CCUUAGCUCAUUUCUGUUCAGACAAAUGGAAGAUGUUGAAAGGAAUAAAGUUUCUAGCCUUUAUCAGUGCCUUAUCAGCUGGAACAUUUGUUGCAAUAGCCCACCUUCUGAUCCUUCAGAGCAAGGUAGAAUACAAUUCUAGCCUGGGAUACAGUGGGAUUAUUGGAGUGAUUUCGGUUUUUAUUGCCCUUAUUCUUUGUCCGUUUUAUAUAUUGGAUGGAAUGAAAGCUAAAGAUCUGACCAUCAAAAAGAAACCUUUCUCACCAAACAUUCCACCACAAUCCUAUCAUCACGAAGAUACAGCCUGGUCGGACGGAAUGAAAGAUAAAGACCGAAACAUGAAAAAUAAAUCUUUCUCAGCUAACAUUCCACCACCAUCAUAUCGCCACGAAGACUCGUUUGCCUGGUCGGACACAACUAAAUGUUGUGAACACGUAAGAAAUGGUGAACCUAGCGAGCCUAGUGUCAGUGGAAUAAUUGAAGACGAAUCUAGUACAUCGCCUAAACUUCUUCCAUACAAACCAACUCUGACUCUGAAGGAACCUACAUUGAUUGAUUUAGAGCUAGAAGCCGAUGAUGCAAUAGCCGAACUAGAAAAUGACGAGGCAUUUGAACAGAUUGUCCUGAAACCUUCUCGUACUCUAGUCCCGCUUAAACCUGCAACAGCUUUAUACUUUACCAAUGAAAGCUUUACUCCUGACUUUGAUGAUGACUUUUAUGAAUUAUUACCAGCAGAUUCAGAUCGGUAUUUACAACCAGUUACACCACUACCAGAACAUCUAUCAGAAACACCUGGAACCCCCGUCCUGCCAUAUUUUCAGGAAACAGAAAUGGAAGAAAAAGAACAAUAUUAUCCGGAUCAUACAUGCCUGACUCCUGAACCUGUAGCAUCCGACCAAGAAACGACUGAAAUUAAAGCGCCAUCUUCUUCUGUUCCGCCAUCCAUACAGAAAGGUGAAUCCUUUAAGGACGAUGAAAUAUGUUCAUCAGGUCGUUCAGCAUGUUCGACACCAUUAUCUGUAACAUCCGAUAAGCAUGACCUAUCAGUUUACGAGAGCGAAGACGAUUCGUCAACAACAAGCGAAGAAUAUGAUGAAAAGGGGGAGACAACCAGAAUAAUGGGCAAAGACAAGAAUGAAUUUAAAAACGAGCAUAGUCAUGGAUCUUUAACAGCAGAAAAAUCUGUACAUUUUAAAGAUAAGGAGGACGAGGAUGAUGAUAUUUCUUUAGAUGAACAACAACCACCACGAACAGCUCUCCCUGUACCAACUUUAAAUUGUAUACAGCUUUAUCGAGAUGAAAAUUCAGAUACAGACGAUUUUUAAAGAUACAUUAUUUCAGAGUAUGAUAACGAACUGUAUUAAUAAAAUAAGACAAUAGUGUUACCAGUUCAAAUACAUU